AUGCUUGUUGCUCGUCAUAUCGCCGAGCAAGAGCCUGUUUCCCUUGUUUCGGUCCACUACGUCGGUCAAAGACCAGUUGGCCGGGAUGAAGAGGAAGACUUGAAUGAUGAAGACGAAUGGGAUGAUAUCUCCCAGUGGAACUCGAUGACAAUGACGAAGGCAUUGAAGAAUACUCAGGAAAGGACGAUGAUGCCGACUUGA